AGAUGGGCUUGUGGAUGCUGCUGGAGGGUUUUUUGCUUCUUGCAAAUUCUUUGGCGAUCCUGAAUGAAGACCGCUUUCUUGGUCCCAGGGGAUGGAGCAUGUCUGAAGUUUCAGGAAAUGGGCAAACAAAGUCGUUGAAGGGGCAGAUCGUGGGGCUCAUCUACGCCACACAGUUUUUGCGGAUGCCCUUGAUAGCGCUUAAUGUUCUUAUCAUUGUUGUGAAAAUGGUGUCAGGCUGAGGCUCUCUGCUGUUGGGUUGAACUGAUUUCAGUACCAGCAUUAUGUAAAAGCUAAUCAUGUUCAAAAGUUGCUGCAAGAUGUUCACGCUGACUUGAAUGUGGCCUGUUGGCUUUGUUGCUGUAAAUCCCUCUGCUCUGAGGGUAAUCUUUCCUCCUGUAUGACUUCUGAAUCAUGCAUGCAUCUGUUGCUAUUGGUGUGGGAGUAUGCACUUACGCUACCAUGAUCACCAUGUAAAUGUUCGGUCUAAUUUAAACAUCGGUACUGUGUUCGGUUAAAGACGUUAUCUGGUGGCAGAACCAACGUUUUCUGUA